AGUGAUUAGUUUAUGAUUUUGUUCUUUUCAUGUAAUCGCUACAAAACAACAAAGUGUCUAAAACCAGAUUCAAUUUUUUUUAUGUAACUUAAAAAUGUGUGUAUGAUAGUUAAUUCAACCCACCAAAAGCAUUUGUUUAGUGUAAAUAGUUAUGUGACCUAAGUUUAAGUAAAAUAAAUAUAGUACAAGAUAAUGGCUGAUUAUCAUAUUAGGGAGGCGGCCAAUUCCCUCCUGGGCAGUAUGACGAACCAACCAUACAGAAGUUUGACUCAGUCGCAGUCGGUCAACCUCCUAACAGAGGAUCUGGUGGCCGGCCACAGGCCGCAGGGCAGGAUGUCGUCCAUACGUCGGUUCUUCUGUCUGUUUGUCACGUUCGAUCUGCUGUUCACGAGCUUGAUGUGGUUGAUUUGCGUUGUGAUGCGAGGCGAGACUCUCGCGCAGAUAUUCACGAGGGAAAUCAUUCACUACGACAUAAAAGUGUCACUGUUUGACAUAGUGCUGGUGGCUGUCGUUCGGUUCGUGAUAUUAAUUCUAUUCUACGCAAUACUGUAUAUAAAUAACUGGAGUGUGAUAGCGCUCUCGACGGGCGGUACGUGUGCCUUCUUGAUUGCUAAAGUGUUCGUAUUUGACUGGCCAGACGCAGCUCAACCGGUCUACCAGGUCUUCCUUAUCCUGACCUCCUUCACGCUGUCCUGGGGGGAGGCGUGGUUCCUGGACUUUCGGGUGCUGCCCCAGGAGCUGCAGGCGAAGCAAAUCCUGGAGGCAAUAGUGCAUCACGGCGCAUCAGAGCGUACGCCGCUGCUGCGGCCGGCCGCGUCCACGCACGGCGGCUCCACGGUGAACUGGUUCUCGCCGGUGGAGACGCCCGAGUCGAGCCCGCGACCGCGCCGCCCCGGAGAGCAGAUUAUCCUGACCCAGGACCAGAUCGACGAGUACAAGCGCCUGGCGGAGGAGAGCAUGCAGCACGCGUGGCGUGUUGUCAACUCGCCGAACUGGAAGUUGGAAAAGCGCGGCUCGCAGAAGGGCGACGUCGUGGAGUCCACGCAGACCGAGCAGUUUGGGAAGGUGUAUAGGUUUACGGGUAUCGUAGACUGUCCAGCUAAGUUUUUGUACAGUGAAUUUAAAGACAAUAUAACAAGACUACCCGAGUGGAACCCCACUAUAUUGAAGAGUGAACUUAUUAAAGAGAUCGGCCCCGGCGUGGACCUGUCCUACCAGGUGACGGCGGGCGGCGGGCGCGGCAUCAUCUCGCCGCGCGACUUCGUCAUCCUGCGUCGCAUGGCGGCGCUGUCGCGCGACGGCCGGCCCGCCGACGCCGAGCCCUACUGCUACAUCAGCAGCGGCGUCAGCGUCGCCGUGCCCGGCUACCCGCCCACCCGGGACAUGGUGCGGGGCCACAAUAAAGUGGGCUGUUGGAGCCUGAAGCCGAAGUGGGUGCAAACGCCGAACGGCAAAGUGGAACAAACUGUCUUCCAGUGGCUGAUGUGCUGCGAUCUGAAAGGUAAGAUACCGCAGUUCGUGCUGGACGCCGCGUUCGCGACGGUGAUGCUGGACUACAUAGUGCACGUGAGGAAGUACGCGGCGGACUGCAAGGCGAAGGGGCUGUUUUAAAUGAACGAAUUAACGAAUGAAUGAAUGAAUGAACGAAUGAACGAUUGUAAUGUACAAUGUGUUGGUUUCGGAUAAAACUGUACAGUACUGGCCUUCUGCCCGCAUUGUUUUCGUUUCGGGGUAUGAAUCUGAAACUCUCGGGCCUCUGUAGGAAAUUUCAUCCAAAUCGGUCCAGUUGUGCCCGAGAUCGGCAAGUUCAAGCAAGCAAACGAACUCAUCAGCAUAAAGCAUUAGUAUGUUAGACGCACGGACUCCAAUAAAAGAAUGAUUUUAUGAAUGAACGAAUGAACGAACUAAUGUAUAUAAUGACAGUGGCUUGAAAUGUAACGAUUUAAGUCUAUUUGACAUGCAAUGUUUUUUUUUUCAUUUGUAAUUGGAUUUUCUUUACAUUUAUUUCAUUUUUUGAGUAAUAAUUUACAUUUAUUUCAUUUUCUGGGUAAUAAGAGAAAUGAAAAACUUUUCCCUAUAUUCUAUUUGUGAUAUUAAUUAGAAUCUUACUUAUAUAGUUACACCAUGCUCCGUCUGUGCUCUGUAUAUCAGUCUUUCAAUAUUAUACCGCUGUAUCGAUUGUGAUUAAAUCGAACAUAAGGUAGUGUUAACUUGUUUGCUUUGUGAAAGUUUACUCUUGUUUGCUCUAUAUUCGUAAAAUAUAACCAUGUUUUAUUUUUUUAUUUAUUUCCGAAUUCUGAAGUUAUUAAUAUUACUACUAUUUAAGUUUAAGCGAAAUUUAAGUUACGUUUUGUACAGUGGUGUAUUUUAUUCCAAGAUAAUUGCAUGAAAAAUAAAAAAGCUGCAAUAUAUUUUUUUAUUUGUAAAGUUGAUAAAAACGUUUUUCAACUCCCGGACUACACCACAAUGAUCGAUUUAGUGCAUUUUGUAGUCAUUUUCUUUAAUUUUAAGCAUUUUAAAGCUAUUUCAGUCUAAUUUA